GAAGUUUGGAGCUGCGCCGAACGACCAAACUGAGAGACGUGGCUGGAAAUGACUCUUUUUUUUGCAGAACACUUUCUGUGAUUAAAUGUAUUAAACCAAUUACGAGUGUGGCGCAAAUGAUAUUCCCUGAAGUUGGACUAAUGGUCAAUCCUGCUACUGGCUGUCUAAUCUGAAAUUGGGCGCAUAUGUUCCUAAAACGACUCGUCAUUUGAGAUCCUUUCACUCUGGUGCAAGUAAAAGUCGCAUUUCUCACGCAUCGCAAGACAGGGGAAGAUACCCCACAACAAGACGAUUUGCAAUAUAAACGUUUGGAACGGGAUGUUUUAUCCCACUGAAGUCAUAUUCUACAUCGAAAUGGAUCAGGCACCUCCAGCUCUCCCUCCCAGGUCAGCCAAACCCAUUACCUCCUCCAUGAACGAAGCCCCAGUAUAUCCCCUGCAGGAUGCUGAGUGGUACUGGGGAGACAUUUCCAGGGAGGAAGUCAACGAGAAGCUCCGUGACACACCUGACGGUUCCUUCCUGGUUCGUGACGCUUCCACUAAGACACAGGGAGACUUCACGCUAACGCUGAGGAAAGACGGCCACAGCAAGCUGAUUAAGAUCUACCACCGUGAGGGGAAGUACGGCUUUUCAGAGCCCCUGACCUUCAGCUCCGUAGUGGAGCUCAUCUGGCACUACCAGCACCAUCCUCUGGUGGAAUACAAUGCUGUGCUGGACGUCAUGCUCACACACCCUGUGUCCCGCUUCAAACAGGAUGAGCAGGUGAAAGAGGACAGUGUUGACGUGGCCGGGAGGAAGCUACAGGAGUACCACAGUCAGUACCAGGAGAAAAGUCAACAGUUUGACUGUCUGUACGAGGCCUACACUAAAACCUCACAGGACAUCCAGAUGAAGAGAACUGCGAUAGAAGCCUUUAACGAGACCAUGCUGAUCUUCGAGGAGCAGUGUCGCGAGCAGGAGCGUUAUGGGGAGGAGUGUGAGAGGAGCAUUCAAUCUGAGGGAACAGAGAAGGACUUGGAGAGAUUCCUGAUGAACUAUGAGAAGCUAAAGUCUCGGCUGGGGGAGAUCUAUGACAGUAAGGUCCAUCUGGAGCAGGACCUGAGGACCCAGGUCCAGGACUACAGAGAGACAGACAGGAGGAUCAACAGCCUCAGGCCUGACCUCAUAGAGCUACGCAACAUCAGAGACGAGUACCUCAAUUGGCUGAAUCACGAAGGUGUGCAACAGAAACGCAUUAACGAUUGGCUGGGGUUCCAAGAUGAUAGCAGUGACAACACCUACGUGUUGAAGGGCGAGAGUGAGAGACUGGCGCACCAUGACAAGGGGAGCUGGUUCGUGGGCGAGCUGAGCAGGACGCAGGCUGAGGAGAUGCUGAUGGACAAACCCACCGGAACCUUCCUGAUCCGCGAGAGCAGCAAGCAGGGUUGCUACGCCUGCUCCGUAGUUGUUAAUGUAGAAGUGAAGCAUUGUAUGAUUUAUAGCACGCCACGUGGCUACGGCUUCGCUGAGCCCUACGACCUCCACUGCUCUCUGAAGGAGCUCGUGCUGCACUACCGCCUCAACUCCCUGGCACAGCACAACCAGGCCCUGGACGUCCGGCUGGAGCACCCCGUCCACGUCACUCCUGUCUCGUCAGCCUUGCCACACUCAGCCACAGAGGACUGCCUGCUACUACAGACAGAGGAACAUCACCUUCUACAGACUCCUACUAAACUACCCGCUGGACUCCCUGCAGCCGCUCCGGAGAUGUAGAUUAGACGGCUGUGGGACAUGUUUGCGUACUGUAGCUAUCCUACGAGGACUACUUGAGAGCGGAUGUGCUUGCGUACUGUAGCAACUUGAGGGCGGACGUGUUUGCGUACUGAAGCAACUUGAGGGCGGACGUGUUUGCGUACUGAAGCUAUCCUACGAGGACAACCUGAGGGCGUUCUUUUCUCGAAGAAAAGUGAAAUUUGCACUAGGAUGAUUCCAACGGAUUGGUGAAUGUAAUUUCACUUGAUUGGAACUUUGACCGGAACUUGAAUGUCAGCUAGGACUUUGUUUUUUUAUAAGAUUCUGUUUGCUAUUUGUUUUUUUUGUACACAUUUUUCACCUUUUCUUUCAUGGGGUUUUAUUUGUUUUAGUGGACCUGGUCAUCCAGGAGAUUACUGACUACAUAUACUAACAAUAUGUUUGUAUUUGUCAGGUGCUGUUUUUUAUUUGGACUUCUAGGGUCCCAUUUUGACAACACAAAGAACUGGUGCUAAUGUAAAAUGAGACUGUAAUACACCCAAUACCUUGGAAUUUAGAAUUUAUUUCAAAACAUGUUAAUUGAUGUGAUGUCCAUGCACGGAAGAUCAUUAAAGUUGGUUUAGAAUAUAAUGGUGCAGAAAAACAAGAUGGCUGACUCAAAGGCAUAGCUAGCUGUGGUAUACAUACCAAACAUGUUCUGGGUAUUUCAGUACAUAGUCAUGCAAGUAUGGGAACUGAUGUGGCGCAUCCUGAUAAUAGCGCUGCUUUUUUUAAAUUGUCAAAAUAUAACACAGUUACCAGUUGAUAUGUACUGUAUGUAGCAUAAACCAUUUUCUGGAUAUCCUUAGAACGACAUUUUCCAUAUUGUACCCAAUAACCAAAGCACUUGUUAGUGAGAAAAUAUAUAUCCCGACUAGAAAAUUACAUUUAUGGUGA